UACGUGGCCUUCGCGUCGCUCUUCUUCAUCCUCCUCUCCAUCACCACGUUCUGCCUGGAGACCCACGAGGCCUUCAACCGCGUGGUGAACCGCACGGAGACGGUGCCGCUGCCCAACGGCACCGCCACGCACGUGGCCGUGGAGGUGCAGACCGAGCCCUUCCUCACCUACGUGGAGGGCACCUGCGUGGCCUGGUUCACCUUCGAGUUCCUCAUGCGCGUCACCUUCUGCCCGGACAAGCUGGAGUUCGUCAAGAGCAGCCUCAACAUCAUCGAUUUCGUGGCCAUUUUACCCUUUUAUUUAGAGGUCGCCUUGAGCGGGUUGUCCUCCAAGGCGGCCAAGGAUGUGUUGGGGUUCCUGCGCGUCGUGCGCUUCGUGCGCAUCCUGCGCAUCUUCAAGCUGACGCGGCACUUCGUGGGGCUGCGCGUGCUGGGCCACACGCUGCGCGCCAGCACCAACGAGUUCCUGCUCCUCGUCAUCUUCCUGGCGCUCGGCGUGCUCAUCUUCGCCACCAUGAUCUACUACGCCGAGCGCAUCGGCGCCGACCCGGCCGACGUCACCGGGAGCAAGCACACCUACUUCAAGAACAUCCCCAUCGGGUUCUGGUGGGCCGUGGUGACCAUGACGACGCUGGGUUACGGGGACAUGUACCCCAUGACGUGGUCCGGGAUGCUGGUGGGCGCGCUGUGCGCGCUGGCCGGCGUCCUCACCAUCGCCAUGCCGGUGCCCGUCAUCGUCAACAACUUCGGCAUGUACUACUCGUUGGCCAUGGCCAAGCAGAAGCUGCCCAAGAAGAAGAACAAGCACAUC